AUGCCUCGUCCUCCAACCCCUUCGGAUAAACCGAAACAGUCGUCCAGCAAGUCAUUUUUUGGGAGGAAGCUACAUAAAGACCGCAGUGGGGACUCUCGAGCGGAAGGCACCUCGGACACAUUAAGUAUUGCAGGGAGCGCAGCUGGGUCACGCUCGUCAAGGCAUUCAAAACGCGACUCUGUAUAUACGCUGGAUCUGUUGAAUGAGAUGGAUCCUUCGUCGUCUGGAUUAAUCACAUCGAUUCCGUACGAUAGCGUCCCUCCAAAUACAAAAUCGCCAAUCCCUGUUGACUACCUCCCAAAAUCGGAUUCAUCAGCCCGUAAAGAGCUGGCAAAGAGUUCCUACGACUAUCCUCAGCACUCUCCAUUUGGCAAUACUACGGUUCAAACAGUUUCUCCGCAGUUGGCGGCACCCAGACCACCUCCACACUCCAGCAUGAGUUACUCUGACAAAAUUAGUAAACAGUUUAACUAUCCAUAUUCUACGCCAGACUCCUCUACGAACUCAAGGACAUCCCUAGAUCAGACGAGCGUAUAUUCCUCUGUAUCGUCCGCCACCCGAGCGUCCACCCAAGAUACUUCCGGGCGUCUUCUAUCAGCCGGCUAUCCCAAUGAACGAUAUCCUCCUUCGUCAAGUGCCACCGGUUAUCGAAAUGCUGAUCCUUACCAAAACAACUGGCCUACAUAUACCACGCCGUUACAGUUGGGCCCUGACGGCAACUUUCAGAAACCGAAAGAUGAUAGAAUCGUCGAUCAAAUGUUUUAUGAGCUUAUGAUAAAACGGGGCUGGCAAAACUUACCUGAGCAAGCAAAAAGACAGAUGCUGGCGUAUCCGACGUCGAAAAAAUGGACUCUAGUGCAUCAGGAUCGACUCACACAAUGGCAAGGGGAGCAGAAACGUCGGCAACAUGCUAGGCAAACCUAUGGCUCGUCAGAUGGUCCCAGGGGACUACUUGAUCGUGCAGAUGAAGAGGGAAGCCCGGAAUGGUACGUUAAAAAGGUCAUGGAUGACACAAUUACAGCAAAAGAGCUCGGAAGUUUAAGCGUCAGCCUACGAACUCAGCCUAUAAGCUGGGUGAAAUCGUUUGUUGAGGCGCAAGGGCAAAUUGCUUUAACCAGUGUUCUUCUCAAGAUUAAUCGACGAAAAGCUUCAGGUCCCGCACCCCCCACCUCCCAAUCUGUUGAAAAGGAUCUGGAUCGAGAAUAUGAUAUAGCAAAGUGUUUGAAGGCUCUAAUGAAUAACAAAUAUGGUGCCGAUGAUGCUUUGGCCCACCAACAAGUUAUCGUCGCCCUUGCAAGCUCUCUGAUAUCUCCACGCUUGACUACAAGAAAAAUGGUCAGCGAAAUCCUGACAUUUUUAUGCCAUUCGGCGGAUGGUCAAGGCCAUCUCAAGGUCUUGCAGGGGAUGGAUCAUGUGAAGAACUUGCAAGGGGAAACUGGUCGGUUCGACGCCUGGAUGCGAGUGGUCGAAGUAAGUAUCGACGGACGAGGGAAGAUGGGAAGUUUAGUGGGUGCCAGCGAGGAAUUCAGGAGUGGCGGAAUAGGGAUGGAGAACUUGCUCAUGGAAUACGCUCUCUCAACGAUGUUCUUGAUAAAUAUGCUUAUCGAUGCACCUCAAGAUGAUUUACAGCUUCGAUGCCAUAUCAGAGCUCAAUUCACAGCAUGUGGCAUCAAACGUCUCUUGGGUAAGAUGGAAGGGUUCCAGUAUGAAGCCAUCGACAAGCAGAUAGAGCGAUACCGAGAGAAUGAGGUUAUUGACUACGAGGAUCUUCUACAACGGGAUAAUAGUAGCGCGAAGGAUGGCGUCGAAGGAGAAAUCGCGGACAUGACUGAUCCAGUCCAGAUCACAAAUGCAAUUGUUUCCAGGUUACGCGGAAGUCGUUCACAGGAUUUCUUCCUUUCUGCAAUGCAGCAUAUGCUCCUUAUCAGAGAAAAUGCGGCGGAAGACGGGCAAAGAAUGUUUCAACUUGUCGAUGCGAUGUUGAGCUACGUCGCAAUGGACAGGAGGCUACCGGAUAUGGAAUUGAAGCAAAGUCUUAAUUUCACCGUUCAAAGCCUGUUGGAUAAGCUGCAUACCGAUUCAGAGGCUAAGCGAGCCUUUGAUGAAUCUCUCGAGGCUCGCCAAAUUGCAGAAGCUGCCAUUGCAGAACGAGAUGCGAUGAAAGCGCAGAUCGAACUGGGGGCCGAUGGGCUAGUCCUCAAGUUGCAAAAGCAAAUUGAAGAGCAAAAUGGUGUUAUGGAUCUUCAGGCCCGUCAGAAUGAGGCAUUGAAAGCAGACCUAGCAGAGCUUCAACGGCUACGAGGCCAGGAGCUGCAACGUAACGAGCUCGAGACUCGAGAAUUAUACCUGAUGCUUCGUGACGCCCAGGAUGUUGCGGCGUCUAAAGCCCGUCCCGGGAAAGAUGCAAUAAGUGAGAUGGACACCGCGCAAAUGCAAGGGAUACUCGAUCGCGAAAAACUCAUGGAACGAUUAGAAAAACAGUUGGAGCGGACUAAGACCCAGUUCAAGCUAGAAGGUAAAGUGUGGCAGCAAAACGGACCAUCAGACCGGUUGCGAGAAUUGCGGGAGAAGAUGGACAGCAUGUAUGCAUCGGACAAUGAAAUCGACGAAGAAACCCGGCGCCAGUUUACAAACAGCACGUUCGGUACCGUUUCGCGGAAGAGAAGCCAACUCGGAAAGGAUUCCAAUGGAGACCUCCAAGUUGAUAGUCAGCUAUCAGACGUGGAAGAAGGGGAAGAAAUGAUCCAGGAGAAAGCACGGCUGGUUGAGAUAAAGCGUCCGCGCAUGAAUCCCGAGCAAGCUACCGGCCUCCUGAACGAGCUCACUGCAAAGGCUCAGACAAAGGCGGAAGGGGCCGAUGUUGAAGAAAAGGCGCCAGAGCCACCUCUUGCGAAGGAAGAAGGCUUCAACGGCCCACCACCACCUCCACCUCCACCGCUACCUGGUUUCACGGGAGGCCCUCCCCCUCCUCCGCCUCCGCCAUUACCAGGCUUUGCAGGAGGACCGCCUCCACCACCACCUCCUCCCUUGCCUGGAUUCAGCGGAGGUGCCCCGCCGCCCCCUCCACCUCCACCUCCGGGUGCGCCGCCGUUGCCGGGAGCCUGGAAAGGAGGCUAUCUCCCGGUCGUUCAAACGACGGGGACAACUGGCGUCGGUCUUCCCUUCAUUCGACCGAAAAAGAAACUCAAAGCUGUUCAUUGGGACAAAGUAGACACGCCAGAGAUCACACUGAGCUCGCUCGCGCGCUUGCGAAUGGUCAAAGACGACAAGAAUGACUCGACUUUUGCGGACCUUGUCGAACGCAUUGUUCGAAACCAAUACCCUGAGUGGGAACAUUUCCAGGAUGAAAUCCACGGUGUUAUUAUUGUUCAGAAAGCGAACAUUGAUCAACUACGUUCUGACGCCCAACGCACAGAUGAAAAUGCUCGAAGAGAGUUCUUUGGGAAGCUCGCGGGCUUCUUGCUCGAAUGGAAGAAAUCGAAAGAGAAGAACAUUGCUUGGGAAGACAAUCGACGCCGAAUGGAAGCAUCUUUGGCUCGGAAACGCGUUAAUCCCGCUCUGACCAAUGGAUCCGACGGCCCGAGCUCCCCAACUGCUGCGAGCAGCGGCGCAAUGGAUUCUCUAUUGGAGAAACUCCGAGCCGCCGCUCCGCAAGCGCGUGAUCAACGCGACAGGCGUCGUCGUGCGAGGUUAAAGGAGCGGCACCAAGUCCGAGUAGCCUCGGGGCAACGCAUGCCCGAACUUCCUGUAGAAGGCGACGAGAAGGCCAGUGAAAAUACAACAACCAAUGAGGAGCAAACGCAGGAACCAGAGCCCGCAGGGGAUGCAACUACGGCUACUCCGGAUAUCCGCGUGUCUGAUGGCGAAGAUGUUGCGGACCGUGCUGCUAGCAUGCUCCAAGGCCUGCGAGAGAACAAGGAUUCGGAUUCGGCGCGCGCUCGCCGCAGAGACAGUGCCGAAGAAGCAAGGAGAAGCCGGAGAAUGAGACGGCGAAUAGCUGGGACAAGCUCAGUGAAAGAGAAUGGUCACGACUCCAAUCCCCUGCCGCCGGUUCCCGAGCCAGAGACCCUCACAGACACCGAUAACACCGAAAAGCAUAAUUCAGGUUCGACUGGGGAGUCGGAUGCACCCGAGCCAGGCGAGUCUACACCGCAACCUCCUCCUAUAACAGAUGACGCCGAGAAGAAGGAAGAAACAUAA